UCCAUGCUUGCAGCAUUCUUGAAAAUGUUUUGAUGUUGAUCUGCAUUUAGAAAAUCCUCCAAACACUUAGAAAAUGCCUUUGCCAGACGGAUGGAUUGCAAAGGAGUCUCGCUCUACUGGAAAAACAUAUUAUUAUAAUACUGUUACGCAGGAAAGCCAAUGGGAAUUACCAACUGAGGCCGCAGUAUCGGAAAAUGAACCAGCAAAGGUGCGUGCAUCUCAUUUGCUGGUAAAGCACAAUGAAUCCAGACGCCCUUCGUCCUGGAAAAGCGAAACGAUAAUAAGGACUAAAGAAGAGGCUCUUGGAAUAAUUGAGGGUUACAAACUAAGAAUAAAGGCUGGAGAAAUAUCUUUAGAGGAACUUGCUCUUACUGAAAGUGACUGUAGUAGUGCAAAGCAGGGAGGAGAUUUGGGAUUCUUCACAAGAGGAAAAAUGCAAAAGAAAUUUGAAGAUGUUUCUUUUGCACUUGAAGUUGGGGAGGUGAGUGAUGCAGUGUUUACAGAUUCUGGCAUCCAUUUGAUCUUCAGAACAGCUUGACUUGACAAAAUGUUGCAAAGAAUCCUGUCAUCCAAUCAACUGCUGUUCCAGCUACAGCAGAAUGAAAAAGUUAUGUCAUUUGAUCAGCUGUGGUGAUGAUUUCAAAAUUGUUGGAAAUUUGAAUGAAUAAAAACAAACACUUUUAAGUUUCUUUCAACCUAAUUCUUAACUUAAAGAUUUUUUUUAUGAAACACAUUUAUAUUUGUUGGUUGUCA